GGCGGGCUUUGGCGAGCUACAGUCACUGACGUUGUGGUGAACUUUACCGGCAUUGAACAAUCCGUUCUCUGGACCUUAUCCGUCCCUUCUGUUAGUCUUAAAGUAUGGGCAGUGUGUUAGCUGCUGCCUCACCCAGUCCAGCCCCAGCUGCAGCUGGAGGCGGUCAAGGGGUCCCAGGUUUGGUGUCUGUCCCUCCUGGGUUCACGAUGCCAUCUGUCCCUCCAUCGUCUGAAUCUGCUCAGCAGUCGUCAGAUGCAGAUUCCUCGGUCCAAAACCCAGGCACGUAUGAGGAGUGCCACCGGAAAUGUAAAGAGCUGUUUCCUCUCCAGAUGGAAGGGGUACGGUUAGUGGUUAACAAGGGUCUAAGUAACCACUUCCAGAUCAGCCACACUAUUACCCUCAGCACCCUGGAUGAUUCUGGUUAUCGAUUUGGUGCCACAUAUGUUGGCAGUAAACAAACAGGACCAUCAGAGUCAUUUCCAGUCUUGGUUGGAGAUAUGGACAACACUGGCAGUCUAAAUGCACAGGUCAUCCAUCAGCUUGCAAGUGCUUUACGCACCAAAAUAGCAAUUCAGACUCAGCAGCAUAAGUUUGUGAACUGGCAGUGUGACUUGGAGUAUCGUGGUCGGGACUUCACUACAGCUGUGACAGUUGGAAAUCCAGAUGUACUCCUUGGAUCUGGUAUUGUAGUUUCCCACUAUCUCCAGUCAAUCACACCAGCUCUGGUUCUGGGCGGUGAGCUGGUGUAUCACAGAAGACCCGGAGAGGAAGGAACUGUCACCUCCUUCCUGAGCAGAUACACAGGUGACAACUUUGUGGCAACUUUAACUUUAGGAGGGGCUGGAGCUCAUGCUACAUACUAUCACAAAGCAAAUGACCAGUUACAGGUAGGAGUUGAAUUUGAAGCCAGCACAAGGAUGCAGGACACUACAACAUCCUUCGGUUAUCAGCUGGACCUUCCCAAAGCUAAUUUGCUUUUUAAAGGUACAGUUGACAGUAAUUGGGUGGUUGGAGCAACCCUCGAAAAGAAACUGAUUCCACUCCCGCUCACACUGGCCUUGGGGGCUUUCCUCAACCAUCGCAAAAACAAGUUCCAGUGUGGCUUUGGGGUCACUAUUGGCUAGAGGUGCACAGACUGUCUGGAACCAUCUCACAAGACAACAGCUUGGACUGGCACAGAGACACACAAGAACCUGAACGAUGUUUUAAGAAAUGAAUUCAGAGACUCUCUUCCUACUGUGAUUUCUGGGGCUAAUAGAGAGACAAAGACAACUACCAAGGAGCCAGGACUGGCCAAGCCAUGCCUACAUACUGUAGCACAAAUGUCUUUCCUGUAUAAUGUUUUGGAUAUACUGAGAAGUUAGUGAUGUAUAUCAGAGGGCUUACGAUGAUGCAUGAGAACAUGUGAUGUGAAAUUUAAAGUAAGUGGUACAGUAUGGUAUAAUAUAUUCUGAUCAUCUAAGGUUGAAAUAAAUGUGAUUACCUUUUGUACAACA